AUGCCCCUGCUAGAACUACCAUUCGCUAUUUCAGAAACAGUGAAUGCUAUCAUCAGCACCAGACGAUUUCAGAACUUGUUUGAUGCGUGUGAAGUCAGUGAAUAUGUUCAUGGUCGACCGUCACUUAGCAAAGGGUACAAUGACGUCUCCGACAUUAUGGGAACUAGUGACGGAAAUUCAGAAGAAAAACAACUUAGUGUGGCUUACAACGGACAUUCAUCUGAACAUGAGAGAGACGACCUCGUUCAUCUGAUCCAUGAUACGCCCUCAUACUAUGGUACUUUUGAAUCGGAAUCUACGGACAUUUCCGUCACAGAUUUACCAGAUCACCUCGCAAUUCAGAUAAACAGUGGCAGUUUUGCUUGGGACAAAGAUGAUGAAGUGGUGCUAACAAAUAUUAACCUUAAUAUACCUACAGGAAGUUUAACAAUGAUUAUUGGUUUGGUUGGCAGUGGUAAGUCCUCUUUGUUAUCAGCCAUGCUGGGUGAGAUGUCUCUAGUCGCAGGCACAGUGCAAUUUAACAGGUCAAAGUGCAGUAUUUCUUAUGUUUCCCAACGGCCGUGGGUCAGGAACGCAACUCUGCGAGAAAACAUUCUGUUUGGAGAACCGUUUGACUAUAAAAGAUAUCAGCAAAUAUUGGACGUUUGUUCACUUCAGCCAGACAUAGAUAUUCUGAUGGCCGGCGAUAACACUGAAAUUGGAGAGAAAGGCAUAAAUCUAAGUGGAGGUCAGAAACAACGAAUAAGUGUAGCACGAGCUUUGUAUAGCCGAACAGACAUAGUCAUAUUGGAUGAUCCACUAGCCUCCCUAGACGUCCAUGUAGGCGCCCAUCUCAUGGAAAGCGGAAUAGUUGAGUUUUUGAUGGAAGAAGAGCGAACAGUGAUUGUCGUGACACAUCAUUUACAGUAUUUAUGUCACGCUGAUCAGGUUGUCGUCAUGGAUGGUUGCACUGUUGCUCGUCAAGGUGAUUUAAAAGAAAUUCAAAAGCACAGUCCAGAACUAUACAGCGACUGGCAGAAGUCUAUCACUGUCAUCACAGAAUCUGAAGCUAGUCAGUCAGAAGGGGAAGAUGUGAACACAGAGCGUAAACAUUUGCUUGACGUCGUAAAACAACUGUCCAAUCAAAGUGUUGAUGGUAUUCAGGAAGAUG